CACACCCACACCCAUCAGAGCCACGCCAGCCAUUCGGUCACACAGCAGCAGCAGCUGGUCCACACAGUGAGCGGUGGGCGAUGUGUCCUGAAGAACAAACCGAUCGGCGACAGAGAUGAAUGACGACAGCCAGCACCCAACUUGAGAUGCCCUCCGGACAACACACACACACACAGAGGGCAGGGCGACACUCAGCCACAUGGCGACAGAGGGGAUGUAUCGCUGCGCACCCACCAGUGCGUGUUGGCUGAUAGAUCGGUCAGCCGCCGCCCUCCGCCUCAGCUGCGCCACCCUCACCUGCCCAAGGCACAGCACACACACAGCCAUGACUGUGGUGGAGGUCGACGUGGGGGCCUCUGUGGUGUCUGCGGCUGUCUACCUCCGCUGCCCUCUCCGCUGCCGUCACCCUCAUCGCCGUUGCCGUCAUCGCCAUCUGCACACACCCAGACCAUCUUCCAAAUCUAUGCCACACACACAGAGAGAGGGCACGUCAUCCGUCAAUCCAUCCGAUGAAUGUUUGAGUGUGUCCCUCUCUGUAUCUGCACCAUUGUCAUUCCCCUGUUGCUGCUCUGCUGCUGCUGCUGAUGCUGCUGUUGCUGCUGUUGUUGUUGUUGUUUUUGUAUUUGUCCGUCGAAUACGAAUGGCGCCACCACCCCCAACGCCACGCGAGCCAGCUGAGUGGUGACAGGGAAGCGGUCCUUGAACAAACCGCUCUCACACACAGCCGCCUCAGUGGCCCAGACGUACACACAGGCUGCAGCCACGGGAAAGAAGAAUGCUCGACAUUUGAGCAUCAAUCAAUACUCCCUCUCUCCAUGUCAUUCACCCUCACCGUUAUUGUUUCCCGAUCUGCUGAUGCCAAUAUAUGCGACGAAGGGGUGGCUGCUGUCGGUGAGCACCAGCCAUCGCCAGCCACCAUGUGUCCCGGCCAGCCAUUGUGGUCGUGCAGCCGGCCAGCGGUGUAUGGGGCGACUCGGUGAGGAGGCGAUUCAAACGGCCACCACCGACACCCCUGAAUAGACAGACAGACGCAAAAGAUUUGUAGUAUUCCCCUCUCAGCCCAUUGAUUCCAUUAGUGUGUUACCUGUUGAGUGCAGUCCAUGUGUAAUUGGUCUGGUGAGUCUCUUCGAAGUGGUGGCAAACGACGACACUGACGCAUCGAUGAACCCCUGGCCACCGAAUGACACCCAUCGGCCGUUGUCGGUCGAGUACUCGAUGCUGUUGCGCACCGGUGGGUCGUGUGGCUGCCGGUGCUGCUGGUACAGAUGGCCGGCAGGGAGGGGCGGGUCGACCUGCAGCUCGAAGUUGGGCUCGUCGAUGAUGGCCCGCACCUCACCGUUGCCUUGAUGAAACAGCUGCAAGCAGCUGCCGUCACUGAAGUGGAUGUAGCGGCCGACCAUCUUGAGCUGCGCCAACACACGGGGGGCCGACAUAUACGCCUACACACACGACCACACACAGACAGAGAGAGAGAGAGAGAAUGAGGCCCUCUUCCUCCGUCCCGUCCCCUCCCCGCCCGUCCGUUUGCUGGCUCACCAUUAUGUUUGCGUGUGUGUUGAUGUCAGCCCCACUGAGGGUCACAGGCAGCUCACAGUUGCCGCACUGCCCCGCCAGCUCAAUCACCUCGGCCAUCUCGCCCCAGUCCCCCUCCUCCACCACACACACAGCCGCCAGCAGAUCAUGUGUGCCGAACCGGUCGUCGUCGAACCGCAGCAGCUGCACUUGCUGCCCAUUCACAUUCGCCCGCCGCAGCCCCUCCUGUGAGCCCAGCGAGUGGCUGAGCCGAUCUCUCAGCUGAGUUUCUCCGAAGAGCUCACUGAGCCACGUGCAGGUGGCCCUCAGCCGUACGACGUCCUUGAGGCUGAGAAGGUAGCGGCUCCUCCGGCCCACACACACAUAUGACACGGGGUGCUGCAGCUGCUCGUGGUGCUGCAUGGGAUGGAUGGGUCAAGACGGUCAGAUGAGUGAGGCGCUCGACGAGAGGCUGCACAGAGCGACAGGGCCGACAGGUGGUUAUGUCCAUCAAGCAUGCUGCUCACAGAUCUGUGUGCUGCUCACCUCGUUCGAUGCUCAGAUGGACAGAUCAGAGAGAGGUCAAUGAUCUACCACCACCACCACCACCACCAGCGGCAGAUGAGGAGGCCGCCAUCGCUCCUCAGCCACACUGCACCGAUGGGCCGACAGACAGACAGACAGACAGAAAGACAGACAGAAAGGCCAACGCAUUCAUUGAGGCCAGUGGAUGAGCGCAUCACUCAGUCAGUGAGCCAGUGAGUGUUGGGCCUCCCUCACCUCCGAUGUCUGUCAGCUCAACGGCCCACCGGAGCAGUCGACAAGGCGCACAAACAAAACGCCGCACUUUG